GUAAGGCAAAAGUGUGUGAAGACGGAGAAGAUUACCAGUCACUUGGUUGAAAAUUCAUUGCUUCUCUGAAGUAAAGAAAUCCAGACAGAUUUCAAAAUGCCUCCUCCAGCGGUUCCACACGGCAUGUGUCUAAAAGUCAUGGAUGACCGCAACAUGAAGGGUGGCAUGGGCUCUGAAACAAAUCCUUUGAAGUUCAUGGAUCAGGACUACAACUCUUUACAAGACUACUGUCUUAAGACAAGACAGAAAUUUGUUGAUGAGUUUUUCAUGCCAGACUCUCGUGCCAUUGGUGAAGAGCUGCUGGAGCCAGAAGUCAUGGCCCGAGUGAAGUGGAUAAGACCAACUAAAUUGUAUCCAGAAGCUGAAUUUAUUGUAGACACAGUGUCCAGGUUUGACUAUGCCCAAGGGAAUAUAGGAAACUGCUGGUUUCUGGCCUCUGUUGGGGCUCUGACAUUUCAAAAGAAAUUUUUACAAAAGGUCGUCCCAGACAGACAAUCAUUCAGCCACAAUUAUACUGGUUUAUUUCACUUCAGGUUCUGGCGGUUUGGGAAAUGGUACGAUGUUGUAAUUGAUGACAAACUGCCAACAAUCAACGGAAAGCUGAUUUUUGUCCAAUCAAAAACAUAUAAUGAGUUCUGGCCAGCCUUGCUGGAGAAAGCAUAUGCAAAGGUGUGCGGAUCCUACGCUGACAUGCACUGUGGCCGGGUAUCUGAAGCCCUCAUUGACUUCACCGGUGGGGUUCAUAUGCACUAUGAACUGAAAACGGCUCCAUCUAAUUUGUGGGAGAUAAUGUACCGUGCGUUCCAGUCAGAAGUCCUUAUGGGUUGUGAAACUCCACCUGGGAAUCGGAAUGAGGAACGAUUACCAAAUGGCAUUGUUCUGGGCCACGCUUACACUGUGACAAAGGUUUACCAGGUCAUGAGUGGUAAAUAUCCAGUUCAGCUUGUGAGAUUGUACAACCCAUGGGGAGGCGUUGAGUGGAAUGGAGACUGGAGUGACAACUCACCUUUGUGGAACACAGUGAGUGAUGAGGACCGCAAACAACAUCUUCAGGACAAAAAUGGAGAGUUGUGGAUGUCAAUGAAUGAUUUCCUUAAAAUAUUUGACAACAUGGAUAUCUGCAGUUCCUGUCCUGAUUUUUUGGAAGAAAAGUCUGCAUGUCAGUGGAUUUCCAAGGUCCACCAUGGCAGCUGGGUUCCUGGGAGUACAGCUGGAGGUUGCAUGAAUCACUCAGACACCUUCUUUUCCAACCCCCAGUUUUGGCUGAAGAUUAAUGAGAUGGAUACGGCCUGUGACCAGGGCCAGAGCAAUGUUCUGGUGUCCCUCAUACAGAAACCUGACAAGAGAAACAGACGCCUUGCUUCACACCAUGGCAUCGGCUUCUGCGUGUUUGCGGUUCCACCCGAGAUGAGAUUUGAGGGAAAGUUUGGAUCAAGCUUUUUCUAUAGCAGAAAGCCCGUGGCAACAAGCGGGGCUUUUCAGGAUGCAAGACAAGUGAUGAAACUAUUCAGACUGGAGCCAGGAGAGUAUCUCAUCGUGCCAUCCACUUACAUGCCUAACAAGAACGCAGAAUUCAUCCUGACCAUUCUGUGCAAAAAUGAGAUAAACAUUCAAAAGGACAGAGAAAGAUUUUCUUGUGCCUAUAGCUGAAUGGAGAAGAUGUGAUGUGCCACAAGUAGCUCUGUCUUCGCAAGAUUUAGUUGAAGGUGGUGGUCCUUCAUUUCAGAAAGGUCCUUCCUUCAGUGUUGAUACUGUGAAGCUGCUUUGAUGCAAUCUAUAUCGUGAAAACCUAUAAAUAUACUUGACUUCAUCGGGCCAGAGAUGUCUGCCAGAUAGGCUGAGAUACAAGCUGCAACCAUGGGAUCGUCAGGCUGGAAUAAGAGGUAGAGUUGUGUGUCAUCAGCAUAGCAGUGACAGGAAAAGCCAUGUUUUUGAAUCACAGAUCCUAGUGACGUCAUGUAGAUGGAAAAGAGAAGUGGUCCAAGCACUGAGCCCUGAGGCACCCCAGUAGCUAGAUGUUGGGUCUUAGAUGCCACAGCCCUCCACGACACCCUAAGGACCUAUCUGAGAGGCUUGCAUCUAAAUGAAGACAUCCUGAGUCUCAUGGUUGUGCGGUAUGGUGGUGCUUCAGAACAGAUCUCUCUGGAGGGUUUCAUUUGCCUUGUCAUGCGUUUGAACUGCAUGGCUAGAAUAUUCCAGAGACUCUGUGAAGGUGGGAAGAUAACUCUUAAUGAGAGUGAGUGGAUUGGACUCACCAUGUACUCGUGAACGAACGUCUUUUUGCCAGGAGGUUUGCCAUCAAACGCAAGAACAGAUCAGUGGUUUGGGAAGUCUAAAAAAUGGUUUUAUUUCAUUUUACAUUAUUUUUUAUUUUUAAUAAUGUAUAUUAUUUCAUAAUAUAUUAACACAAACAAAUUGUGAUGCUAGUCACUUAUUAUUCCUCAAAUAAUUAAAAUGCUUUUGCUUUUCUUACAAUUAUUAUUUGAUAUACACAUUUCACAUUGUCCAAUUGUGUUUGUAAUGCUGCAAUUUGUGCAAAAAUAACUGUAUUAACUGUCUGUUUGAAAAGUGAUUUAUGGAUGUAUUAUUUCUCAUGUUGACCACCCGGAGUCACUGUUGUUAGAUUGUUUGCUUUGGUUUUGAAACCUUGUGCUAUUGCUGUCAUUGUUAAAAAUAUGACAAUUGAACCAACCCUGUGUUGCUAGGGUCAAAUAACCAAAAAUGAAAAUUCUGUUAUUAUUUACUCACCCUUGAGUUGUUCAGAUUCUGCAUGACUUUCUUUCUGCUGAACACAAAAUAAGAUAUUUUGAAGAAUAUGGGUAACCAGAUAGUUGAUGGCCCCAUAACCCAUCCUUCAGAUGAGAUGUUAAAUCGAGCUCCGGACUUCCCAGGAUGUCCUUCGGAAAAGAGUAGGGGUUUAACCUCGGCAUCCUGGCCAAAUUUGCCCAUCAUGGCGUCCUUAUCAUCCCCGGCCGCCGGCCCAUAUACUAAUCGACUUCAUCACUCUGCGUCCUCUCCAUCAGUAAGCUGGGGUGUGGUGGGCGUUCUGGCACAAUAUGGCUGCCGUCACAUCAUCCAGGGGGAUGCUGCACAUUGGUGGUGAUUGAGGAGAUUACCCCUUUCAUUUGUGAAGCACUUUUAGUACCCAGAAAUACGCUAUCGAAUUAGUAACUUUCACAGUAUGGAAAAACAUACUAUGCUAGUCAAAGGGGUCCAUCAACUGUUAUGACAUUCUUCAAAAUAUUUUCAGUUGUGUUCUGCAAAAAAGACAACCUUCGUACAGGUUUGGGACAAAUUGAGCAUAAGUAAAUGAUGACAGAAUUUUUAUUUUUGGGUGAACUAUCCCUAUGAGCUAUAGGGUCACAAUGUAAAGGAUUCACUUGAUCUAUUGUCUCGUUACUCUUCACUCUUAAAAAUAAAGUUUUUUAUUGGCA